AGACUGCUUUGCGCCUGCCCCCUUCCCUGCCCCUUUCGUAACGUCAACUGCUUGAAAGAUUAGAAAAAUUACAACAAUAAUAAACACUAUGAAACUGGUUAAAAACUGUGUGGACGUGAAAUAAAUUGCAGCAAAAUGGAAUUGUUUAGAUCGGAACAAUUUUACAUAUUUGUUAGAAAUGAGUCAAGUCUUUGGUGGAAUCGACAAACCGGAGCUUUUUCAGUAAGAUCAGCUUGGGACCUGUCAGAUAUAGAAGACAUAGAAUGUUUAGGUAUAACAGAGGGAAUAAUAGGAAAAGUAGAACACUCCAAUAUAUUUGAGCCUAGACUUAUGAUUAUAAAAGAGAGUGUACCAGUAGGUCAAUUAUAUUUUCAUCAUACAGUAUAUAAAAUCAAGUCAAUAUGUUUUUUAAACAUGGGGCUUCUGAACCAUGAAGUUGACCUGUGUCCAUGUACUAAACAUGGAUCAUCAAGUUCUCUCGGUAGUUCUGGAAAGUCUCUCAACAAGAAAAUGGGUGCUCGUCUUUUUGAGAACUCAGCAUUUUUGAAUAAAACUGUUGGUGCUGUCAAAAAUGUUAGUAACACAAUCAAAACCACAACACAACAAGCUGCUACACAGGUGAAACAAACUGUCAAGAAACAACGUGAUCCGAAACUAGCUGAGCGCUUUGAGAAGAGAUUGUCUGAUGAACUCCAUAAAAUAUUCGAUGACUCUGAUAGUUUCUAUUAUUCUCGCACUCUCGACAUAACAAACAGUCUGCAACGGCAAUAUGAAAUAGAAAAGAUGUUGGAAUCAGAAGAAAACAGUAAACCUGUUAUGGAUAUCACAAGAUGGUGGAAGCAUGUUGAUGAUAGAUUUUUCUGGAAUAAAUAUAUGCUAAAAGAUAUCAUCAGUUUGGGUAGUCCAGAAUGUGAUGAGUGGGUGCUCCCCAUAAUACAAGGCUAUGUCCAUCUUUCUCAAAUAGCCGUUGAGCCAGCAGAUGUCAAUCCACUGAAUACUGAGUCUCUAUCUAAUAGCAAUUCGUGUGAUGAGACCUUCACAUUAGGACUGAUAUCCAGGCGAUCUCGAUAUCAAGCUGGCACUAGGUAUAAUCGUCGUGGCAUCGAGCCAGAGGGCAAAGUAGCUAACUAUGUUGAAACAGAACAAAUUGUCUCCAUAAUAUGCUCUGACAGUGUACAUAGAGCUUCUUUUGUUCAGGUUCGUGGAUCGGUCCCCAUAUUCUGGAGCCAGCCAGAUUAUAAAUUUAGACCGCCUCCUCGUCUUGACAGAAGUGAAGAAGAAUCACACAUCGCAUUCAAGAAACACUUUGAAGAAGAACUAAAAACAUAUAAACAAGUGUGCAUAGUGAAUUUAGUGGAACAACAAGGUCGAGAGCGCAUCAUAUGGGAGGCGUACGGGAACCACGUGCUCAAGUUGAAUAGUCCCGACGUUAUAUACGCCACAUUCGACUUUCACGAAUAUUGCCGCGGCAUGCAUUACGAGAACGUUAGUAUCCUUAUAAACGCGAUCGCGGAUAUCAUAGGCGAUAUGCGAUUCUGCUGGCGCGACGACCGCGGCCUCAUAUGCGCGCAGAACGGUGUUUUCCGUGUCAACUGCAUCGACUGCCUCGACAGGACGAAUGUUGUGCAGACAGCAAUAGCCAAAUACGUGCUGGAACUCCAGCUAUGCCGGUUGGGGUUGGGUGCACCCGGCUGCGGACUGCCACCGCCGUUGCGAAGCGCCUUUCUCGCCAUGUGGGCCGACAGCGGAGACCUCGUCUCACGACAAUACGCCGGCACUAAGGCGCUCAAGGGCGACUACACACGGACCGGAGAAAGAAAAUUCACCGGCAUGAUGAAAGACGGAGUCGCGUCAGCUAACAGAUUCAUCAUCCACCAUUUUUGUGACGCCAUGACACAAUGUGCCAUAGACAUUGCGCUUGGACAGCCAGUCAACAUGGCGACCAUAGAGGAGCAUGACAACUUAUGGCGAGAUGUAAAAACUACUUCGAUGAUAUUAUAUGAGAACAUGGAUACAGAGAGACCGAAAUUAGAGUUAAUGCCAAGUUAUUUUGGACAUCUACUGACCAAUGAACUACUGUCUGCAGAAAUUGCAUAUGGAUUAGGGAGAUAUUAUCUAUCGACAUUCAAAGAUGCUCUCCGCCAAGUGGCGAUAGACGUGAUGACGGGCGAGUCGCGCUCCAUCCCCGAGCACCUGAUCGUGCCAGAUUGCACCCGAUGCACCUCUGUCAAGGUUCUUAUGUUCAACGAUGUGUCUGUCCCGGAUACAGCAGCGAUGGCGCAACACGUGAAAUCUUUAAUCGACGACUGCAAGAAACUCUUGGUGGACACCGAACCAGUGCUGGGCUCUUGGGGUCUCAUCGAUGCUGAUCCGCAUACGGGAGAUCCACAAGAAACAGAAAUGGACAGCGUCCUGGUGCUGACCGGUGAGGCAUACUACGUGACCGACUACGAUGAGACGUCGGACCGGCUGCUUAGCGUGCAACGUGUACCGCUGCGUGACGUCACCGCCAUCGAACUCGGCACUUAUGAUACCAAUGCCACAAUAUUCGGUGUGGGCCGAAAGAGCAGUAGCGAGCCAGUGUUCUGUAUACGCAUCAACUACACGUAUAAUGGCGAAGCGGGCUACUUCCACAUGUUUCGAUCUACGUCGCUGCGAUUCUUCAACAAUAUGGCGGUCGUUAUCAACACCAAGGACGAGAUGAUCGAAUCACUUCACUCUAUAUGUGAGUCGAUAGUAGUAGCACGCGAUGUGGCCAAAUUGCCUCCCAUACCAUUCCAUGACGGCAUCAAAUUGGAACGAAAGAAGUCCAAGCUGCAGCCGGGUGCGAGUGCGGGUGCAGGUGCACGCUCGUCUCUCUACGUGGACGUAUCGCGCUUGCCCUCCCUCACGCGAAACGUCAGCGAGACCCAACUCGUGGCAGAUAUACGCAGCGUCGGAUCCAAAGCCCUCAACAACAUGACUGAGCAGUUCAGCAAACUCAACAAGCUGAGCCACUCACUCAACGCCCGAGCACGACCGAGCCUCCAACUAAAGUUUGAUCAAGGAGCUUCCCGCACUAAAAAGAUAUUCACCUUAGGACAAAACAAACCCGACAAGAAAAAGGGCAGCCUCUCCGACGGUCUAAGCUCCGAUUAUUCAUCGGACGAUGAAAACAGGACCAACAUCUUUGAGCCCACUUUAGACAAUUUCGAAAACACCCAACACUACAUUGGUAAAACUGGUCAAAAAAGUGAAACCGACAACGACUGUGACUUAAUAGAAAAUCCACUCUAUUCCUCGAAAAUAGAACACGAAAAAGUAGAAUUUGUACCUGGACAAUUAGACACGAACGUAGAAAAACAAUCGUUGAAAACUCCGAGUCAAAUGAACAAGAUAAAUCCCUUCGAUAUGGAAUUGGAGGUGUUGAGGACGCCUGAAAUUCAAGUCGAAGGCGAGAACAUGAAACCACUACCGCCUAACUCGUUGUUACUAUCGCAAAAGCUGUCACAUAGCUCCAACGAUGUGAAUUACGAAGAAAAUCAAACAAUUCAAAAUGAAAGCGCAAGUUUUCACACACGUUCGAAUUCGCAGCAUGAAAUUACGCUGAAUAUAGCGCAAUCUCAUAGUGAGUCAGCUCUAAAGCAGCUGAAAAAUAUUGCCAGCCCAGUGUCCAGUGCAACCAGGGAGAUGGUGCUUUCCCCACUGUCGAAAUUGGCCAAAGGUGUGCAGUCGCUUGGAGCCAAUUUGGAUCCAAGGAAGAUUAAGGCCUCGUCGACUGUGAAACAUAUAAGCGAACAACAAUAUGAAGAGCACAAGAAAUUACAAGAAAAAUGGCGUGGAUGCAAUACGCGUCUAGUUGCUUUGUAAUACUGUUAUCCGCCCUUACCAAAUGAUGAUUUUAAUGUUAUCCAUGACAAGUAUUUUAAUAAUAGCCAGUAUUAAUGCUUAGAAAGCUGUUUAUUCUAAUAAUAUAAUUUAUAUUUCUCGUUAUUUAUCUGUUGAACUCCCUUAGACAAAGAAAAUUUCUGCUAGCCAUAUCGCUCAUAUCCUGAUCACUUUGAAAAACAAUGUUAUCCAUGUAUGCCACUAUACAUGAGCAGAUUUUUGUGACGCACACAUAUAUUUGUGUGCGUUAUUGUGUUAUGAUUAUGUGUGUAUAUACGUUUCGCAUUUUUCUACUAGCGAUAUCACUAAUAGAAAUAUAUUUUGUGUGAACAGGGCCAUCCCUGUUCACACAAAAUAUAAAUUAGGGGCAAUUUAAUAAGGGGCAAUUUUCAUUUAAAGUAAUAGAAUGAGUUGCUCCAUCGUUUGUUUUUUUUUUUUUUGUUUGUCUUUGAUUCUAUUUAAUUGUGUCUUAUUAUGUGACAAUUUUAAAUAUUAAUUUUAGUAUUUGUUUAUUUCGAAUUUGACAACUCCAUUUUUAUUUGGGUAGUUUUUAGUAGGACUUCCUUACGACAUUGAUCCCAUUAUUGAGACUGGCCAAUUGCAUUCUCUGGGUGAUAAUCUAUUUGCCAGUUAUUGCUAUUUUUGUAUAAUGUACCUGCAGUUUAAUUUUUGACAAUGAAAUUAAUCUAAUAGAGAAUAUUAAAAAAAGUGAUUCAAUACUAAUACAUGUAACUAGAUUUUUUGUGAUAUUAUGACAUUUUGUUCCUACAUUUUUAUGUACCCUAAAUAUUUGGUAGGUACUAAAACCAAUUAUACAAGUUAAAUAGUUAAAACCCUUGAUUUCAUCUUCAUUUCAACUAAAUAUAUACUAUAACAUACAAUAAACAAAGGAAACUUAAUUUUUACACUAACAUAAUACAAAUAGAUGCUGCAUAAUAUAAAUAGAAAUUUUUUAUCUUAAUGAAAGAUCGAAAAAUUUUUUUUACAUAAAAUUGAUACUGAAAACAGGUUCAACGACAAAACAAUUUUACAUUUAAUACUUUCGAAUCAUUUUUGCAUAUUGUAAUAAUAUCAGUAUAAAAAGGAAAACAUUUCACACUUAGCUUUCAUAUAAAUUGUAUACUUGCAUUAUGUGUGUAUGUUAAUCGUAAUCUGUAAAUUUUGUGAUGGUAAAAUGUAGUUAGUAAUAGAAAUAGUGAUUAGAAAAAUUAGAUUCGUACUAAAUGUCCGUCACUACUUAACCGUUAAAAAAAAUAUUGUCUAUUAGACAUUGUAUUAGAUACAUUCCUUUAGAUUAUUUAUUCGUUUUAAUCCUGUUUGUUUUAUUAUAUUACUCACAACUAGUGAAUAUAAGCGUAUUUAAGGAUAGGUCGGGUGGUCCGUGCCAUCUUAGAAUGGUUUGGUGCCCAUCUUAAUUCCGAACAGAGCUUUCAACUAACUAUACAAAUAUAUGUGUAUUAUGAAACCAGUUGCUCUGGAAUGUAUUCUUAAUAUACGACAAUGAAUCAAGAAUUGCGCAGAUAUUUCAGUAGCGCUUAAUGCUGCCACUUCUGCCAUAAUAGAUGAACGUUAUAUAGAGUGUCUUACCAUCAGGUGAGCCGCAUGCACGUUUGCCCCCUGUGUUAUAAAAAAAAAUGAUGUAUUAUCAAUCGCCUUUUGCUGAACCUGUAAUAUAUCCUUGCUAAUAUUAUAAAUGUGAAAAUGAGUUUGUUUGUUGCCUUUUGGCGCCUUAACGGCUUUACUAAUCACAAUAAAAUUUGGUAUUGAAGUACAACAAGUACUCUAGAAGUACUGAAAUGCAGAAGAACAGGUCAUUUUUAUAUUCCGGUCAGUAAGCAUAUUCUGGUAACGCAGGCGAAGUCGCCGGUAGAAGCUAAUUUGUUAUAAAACAUGUACAACCUGCUUAUUAGUAGUGAGUGAUUAGUCCUUCAUCGAAUUAAUGCAGCAUCGAUUAAAUAAAUUUAACUAGCUGUGUAGUCCUAAUUAAUCAGUAUUUACCGUUACGUUACAGUCACAACUUCAUAUAUAAAACAUGACAUUGUUAAACAUAUAGGGAAUUAUAUUGAAAAGCUUUUUACAUUGAUACGUAAUGGUAUUCCAUUACGUUUCAUUAGUACUUAUUAAUACUAAUAUACUUCAAUCACUAUUUAAUAAAGAAAAGAAAAUAAUAGAAUUUUCUAGAAUGCGUGCCUGAAAGAGUUGCAUACAUAAAAAAAAAAAAAACAAGUCCACGCUACAGCAAUGCUGUUGAUAUUAAGCAUCGUUUAGAGUACUGUUGGUGUAAGAGUUAGGUACAAACAACAUUCUUGUUCUUAGAAUGAGUUCGAUACCAUUUCUAUUGCUUAUUUGUAUUGUUACUACAUAGAGAAAAUUUAUCAAGUAAAUGCUUUUCCGAUGUGUUAUAAAUAUUAGAUUUUGCUUAGUAGUCUUCCAUCAUGUACACUCACACAAAUACAUGUCUAUAUGUAUUCGAAUUCACAUGUCUAGAUAUUUAUUGGCUUAUACAUGUAUUCUCAAUAUUGAAUGUACUUUUCAUACACGCUUUGAAUAUGUAUCUAAAAUAUUUCUUUGCCUAGGUAUAAUACACAUAGCGUUUAUUAUCGCAAAGUUCAAUUAAUUAAUUAGUGAAAAUCAUGUAUUAUGUCUGUGUUAGUGUUGUCAUAAAAUCACAGUAUUAUUAAUAUCUACUUAUUAAAUGAAUGAGAUGUUUCAGCAUUAUAUGAAGUCUGGGUCCAGUCACUUUACGCUACAAUUUAUUAAAAGUAAACGAAAUUCUUAUUUUCUUGAUUGUUUAGAUUGCCUUUUAUGUACAAUUAUUACAAAAAUAAAAUUACAGACUGAAGCAAACAAAUUACCUUCAAUUUUGACUUUUGCUUUAUUCCCAGUUUAAACUUACGAAAAUAUUUUAUGUUAUUUAUAAUAAUAAUAUUAAACUAUUUGUUAUAUUAAUUUUAUCCUGUUUUCUAAUAGGUACUGUUAUUUUUCCACCUUGAAAUACUGUACAAUAACUAUAAUUUGUAAUAAAUGGACCCAGAAUAUAACAUCUUAUAUACAUGUAAUAAAAUAUACCCAAAUUAUAGUUGAAUUUAUAGUAAAAAUUGUGAAAUUAAUUAAAUGUAAUAAUAAUAAUGUAAAUUAGUAGUAAAUACCUAUGCGAGUUAGUUCACAUGAAAUUAGAAUGGUAAUUGUUAUGUACAAGUAUAAUAUUGCCAACAACAGUCUCCAUUAUAAUACUCUAAAAGGCGUAUAGAAAUAUUAAUAUUUGAUUACUUUACGAACAGUCACAUUUUUCUAUUUUUUUUUUUUAUUACAUGUAUUCCAAUUAUGAAAAUAUAUGAACUUAAAGUUCGACCCGUACUACUUAAAUAAGACUGGUUGGUUCAAGUUUAGGAAUAACUUAUGGGUGAUCAUAAAAUUUUAGUUAAAAUUAUACGUAAACACUAUGUGUCAAUUAACUUUAUAAAAUGAUUUUAAAAUUAAUAUUAUCUUUUUGUUUUUAUUUUUGAGUUUUGUUUUAUAUAACUACUACGUAUUUUGCAAUUUGUGAUAGCCAUAAAAUGCGUGAUAAUUCUUUCGAUCAUUAUUUUUGACAUAUUUUGUUUUACCAUAAGGCAAGCAACGAGUGCACAGCAAUGAACACAGAUGCUGCCUCUGUGUAACUAAUUAAGGACUAAAAUUACUAUAUUUAGUUUAUUUAUUACUACUCGAUCCUAUUUGUUGGAGAAAAAUAUAUCAAACUAGCUGUUAAAAAACAGCCGUGCAUAUUUGCUCGCUCAUUGUUUGUCAGUAAAUUAUUGUUAAAUAUGUCUGAACAAUACUAUUAGGUAAAUAAACAAUAAUAUUUAAGCAAAUCAAUGCUUAGAAGUCGCAUCCAUUCAUAAUUGUACCAAAUGAAUAAACGAUCCUAUUUCAGGGAUCCUAACACCCAUUUUCACAAACAUAGCAAUAUUCAUGGGCUGAGAUGAUCAGUAUUUUAUAAUAAUUUUAUAUAAAUGUAACAUCCUAUAAAUUUAUCUUGAAACUAUCUUAUAUUUGAAAAAAAAAACCUUAAUACUUGAACUUGUAUGUCAAUCGGUACAUUAUCCUUUUUACAAGUGUUUAUAAAAUUAAGUUUAUAAAUUGAAACUUUUGUAAUCUCUAUUAACACUAAACAAUAAAUAUAAUUGCACUAAAAUCCACUAUAUACUCUCAUGAUAUGAUCAAUUUAUAUUAUAAUGUUGGUAUAUAAAACUAUUAUCCAUUUAUAGUUAUAGGGCCUAGAAAUUAAAGAAAUAUAAAGUAACUUUAAAUAUUUAAAUUAUGAUUGGGCUUAGCAAAAUUUGGAUAUAAAUGAUGCGGCAUGUUCAAACUAUUAGCAUUCAUUAAAAAUAAAAUUAGAAAAAGUAAUGCACCAAUUUGUUAGUAAUUUUUAUAUUAAUAUUGUAUUUGAAUAAGUAUUACGCCGUAAAAUGCUUCCUUGUAUAGACAAGUUAAAAGUUACCACAACAGACUGUAUAUUAGAAUUGUUUAGUAGAACAACUUCGCCUAUGUCCAUUGGCAUAAGCCUAUGGAAUUCUCUAUAAUGAAUAUAGCAACGCUUAAUUUCGAGAAUUAAUAAAUUAUUAACUCAAUUAAAUAUCUAUGUAUACCGACGGGAUCUUUUGCAGAGUUUCUACAUUUCUGAUAGUAAAAUUGAUUCAAUCUUGAUCUACCUAAAUAUGUACAAUAAAUCCGGAUUAUAUAUGACUAAACUUUCUGCAACAUGCAAAAAUAAAUCUGUACAUUUAUUUCUCCUAAAUUAAUAAAUCAUAGUAGUUAUACAAAAUACAUGGAUAAAACAUACAUACCUAAGUAUACAGUGGUACCUCGUCAGCUUUGCGCAUGGCGCUCCAUCGAAUCUAUGGCAAGGUACCUAUAAGACUCCUCAGGGCUAGAUAGUAUAAUAGCCUUUAGACUGUUCUAAAGAACUUCCUACCAAUCUUCAACAGACAUGUUCAAACAGCGCACUGUUACGUAGUAUCACUAUUUAAUUUGUAGAACAAUGCCUCGUGAAUUGUCAUGCAAUCGCUCGAGACAUACCGCGAAUUACUGCUCAUUCCUAACACUAUGAUAUAGCGGAAAGGGAAACACGAAGAAACCACAUGUCUUUGCUGUACACGAACUGUAUUAAAAUUUUGUAGAUUCGAAAUUCAUAGGUUAAAAUUGUGAUGUAUCUUUAUUUAAUAUACUAUAUAUAGCUGCUGAAUAAAAUUUUAACAUUGUAGAAAAAAUAAUGAUGUAUACUUAAUUAGGCAAGAAACGGUUUGCUAAUAUUCGAAUGGAAUAAAUAAAAUAAAUAGGUAUAUGUAGGUAGUUUACUUUACUAGUUUAAUUUAUAUAUAUAUUGAUUUUUAUUUUUGUUACUAAUAUGUAUAUACAAGUGAAAGGGACAGGUUGAUCGAAACGAAAGCAUCCAAAUCAGAUAGCAGAUUAUUUUCUCACUGGAAAUGCAUCACAGCCAUAUAAUUAACGAAUCUUAAUUUUGACGCCGCGCAAUGUAUUUUAAAUUCUACAAUCCAAUUUUAAAGCAAAUUUUAAAUGAAAUAAAAUCAGGAAAAUAUUUGAAAUUUUCGGGAAAGAAUUUCCCUUGGUUUUUUAGUUUAGAAUAAUGGUCUGAACUGUUACAGUUUUGUCAACCUGUCACUUACACCCUAUAUAUACUUAUAGCAGAAGUAUUAAAAUGUAUUAUAUAUAAAAUGAUCACUAAAAAUAAAAUCUAUAUAGCAGAGCACAAUUUACCCAAAGAACAUUUUAAGAUUAUAGUUUAAUUUUUAUAUUUUUAAAAUUAUUUUUAUGUAAACUAAAAUAAGUAUGUAUUUAUUCCUUAUACAAAAAGUGAGGGUAAGAUAAUAUACAAUCUUAUUAACUUUCCUUCACUCUCUGUAGGUAUACGGUGGUCUCAAAACGGGACUUUUAAAUGGACUUUUUACUACGAGUCGCUAAGAUCCUGUUAAUUUUGUAGUUUUUCAUCCUGUCAUUUUAUAUAACAUAGCUAGAAUUAUGUACAAUGUGCAUCAUUUGCAGUAGUUGACAUGACUGGCUUUGUUUUUAAACAAUUAUUUUAAAUUAGAAUUGUUAUAAUAAUCUCUGCAAAGUCAAUUCUUAGUUAUUUAUAAUAACUCUGCACAUAAUUUCAACGUUAUAUUACAAAAUAUUUGGAAAUAAUAAGAUACAUCCUAAAAUUCCAUUCACUAAAAUGGAUAAUCUUUUAUGCAUACCUAUACAAUGUUUCCUUGGGAAUAACUACUUUAUUUUUCUAAAUUUCAAAUAUAACAGCAAAAUCCCUGUCCAGGUUGUUCCAAGAGACUACAACAUAGAACUUCAAAAAAGGGGUAAAGAAAUGUUUUCAGGGUCGGCAAUGCGCACGUAAUGCCUCUGGUAUUACAGGCGUUCAUAGGCUACGGUAAUCGCUUACCAUCAGAUAGACUGUAGGCUUGUCUGCAACCUUAGUGGUAUAAAAAAAACAUUAUUUUAAUUAUUAGUAUAAACUAACUUAUAGCAGUUUUAGUUUCAAAUAUUUUGGACUCAAAUCGAAUGGCAAUUUAAAAUCAACAGUACUCUUAUAUGGACAUACAAAUUCAAAAGGCGACAUCGCCAUCCCAGACUCAAAAGGAGAGAGUAGGAGAUUAUAAAUGUCUAAACUUUAUUCCAAAGUCUAGCAACAUCUAUAAUACACAAAAUCUAUAUCUAUAAAAAUUCUAUGGUACCUAAUAUUAUAUUACAUAAUAUUAAUUUAAUAUUUUUAUGGUAUUCAAACAAAUUUGUUAUAAACUUAUUGUAGGUAAUGAAAGAAGUGUUUAAAAUUAUUAAUUUUAUUAUUUUUCUGACAAUCCGCCUAAAAACCACCUUUAUUUUUUUAAUUGAACCAUAUAAAAUAAUAAAUAAGGAAUGGGAUGAAAUUCAUUUGUUAAAAAUCUGUCUAUAAUGUAGAAUAUAAAAAUUGUAAACAAUAACAUUUUUCUAUAGUCUCAGUAGCUCUUUAUAUAUAUUGUGACUAUAAAAAAAAAUAUUUGAUAAUAAAUUUCUGUGAUUAUGGUGUGUAGGUACAGGCGUGUUGUUUUUGUCUUUUUUAUUUUAUAGAUUAAAUUGCUUUUGAGGA